AUGACCACCCACACCGUCUCGCAAGAAGUUGCCCCCACCACCAACACGAUCAACGACCACCUCCGCACGGCAAACCAAACGACCUUCUCGCGCGACCUCGAAUUCCUCUCCUCCCUCGCCAACCCGUACUACCUCAACCACCUCGCGCUCUCCGGGGUCCUCUCAUCCCCAUCGUUCCUGCGCUACCUGCGCUACCUCGACUACUUUCGACAUCCACGCUACGUUCGGUACCUGCAGUAUCCGCAGGCGUUGCACUUCCUAGAUCUGCUGCAGAGGGAGGAGGAGUUCAGGAUUGCCUGUCGUGACGCAGGAUUUGUCGGUGAGGUCAUGGCGAGGCAGGUGGGACAUUGGGCGACGUGGAGGGAUCCAGAGGGGCAAACAGGGGAGCAGGGGGAGGAAGGGCAGGCGUAA